AUGGGUGGUAGCAACUUUACUAUUGCAAUACUUUUCGUCCUCUGCAUUUUGGUCAAUUGUGCUACCAGUGACAAGGAAGUGAAUUUCGACUCUGCAUAUGGACUCACAGUGCGCUCUAUCUCGAAGGUGGAUGAUCAACUUUACGAUGUGAUUGUAUCAUCAAACGAAGUGCUUAACGAUCAAACUAUUCGUAUACUUCUUCCAUUGGAUUAUACCACUAGUGAUAGAAGCCGCCGGUACCCUGUCCUGUAUUUAUUACACGGUUCAUUUGGUGGUGCUGAAGAUUGGACGAGAGCAGGUAAUGCUCAAAAUAUAUGUGGUAAUGCAUCAUUAAUUACUGUCAUGCCGAAUGGUGAUCCAUUUGGAUUCUAUACGAAUUGGAUUAUUCCGGGUAAUGCUGCUCCACAAAAUUGGCGUACAUUUCAUAUGGAACAACUAGUGCCUUGGAUUGAUUUUAAUCUACGUACAGUAACUAGCAAACAAGGUCGUGCUAUUGCUGGUCUCUCAAUGGGAGGAUUCGGUGCAAUUCAUUAUGCUGAAUUCUAUUCGCAUAAUUUUAUUUAUGCAGCAAGUUUCUCUGGUGCUCUUGAUCUACUNAAUUGGAUUAUUCCGGGUAAUGCUGCUCCACAAAAUUGGCGUACAUUUCAUAUGGAACAACUAGUACCUUGGAUUGAUUUUAAUCUACGUACAGUAACUAGCAAACAAGGUCGUGCUAUUGCUGGUCUCUCAAUGGGAGGAUUCGGUGCAAUUCAUUAUGCUGAAUUCUAUUCGCAUAAUUUUAUUUAUGCAGCAAGUUUCUCUGGUGCUCUUGAUCUACUUAACACAAAUGUACAAAACGGGAUUCUCAACUUAAGAAUCAUCGACGAUGUUCCUCUCGUUGGUCCAUUUGGAUAUCCGAAUGCACCUGCUAGCACCAAUGGAUGGUUCGCUUACGACACAAUUACUCAUGCUGAAGAAUUACAUGAUUUAUCUGUAGCACUCUACACGGGUGAUAUUGGUGACUUAGAACACACACUACGUGAUGGUAGUUAUCGUUUACAAGAGAAAUUAACAUCGUUAAAUGUUCCGGUCUAUCUCAACGAUUACGGAAAUGGACAAUCAAUUGGAUAUGAAUGCGAUGGAGGACAUACAUGGUCGUGUUGGAAAGCAGCACUUAUUGAUGUUUUACCUCGAAUAUUGGCAAAUUUACAACAAGAAUUCUAA